AUGGGCAAAAUUCCAUUAGAUUGGGAAGGCCUCAAGCAUCUCACCAUUCUUGACCUGAGCAACAAUUCACUUAGUGGAGAACUUCCUGCGUUCUUGUUUUCUCUACCAUCACUGGAGAGCUUGAAACUUGCGAACAACCAGUUUUCUGGUCAGAUCAAUGAACUAGAAGGUAUGUAUCCAUCUCCGCUAGGAGAACUUGACUUGAGUAGCAACAAUCUUGAAGGGCCUAUACCCCAGUUUUUAUUUAAAAUCACUAGUCUCUCAAGUCUCUCUCUUGCUUUCAAUAAAUUUACAAGCACCGUAGAGUUGGUUGGAUUUAUCGAGCUGAAGAUUCUUGCUGUUCUUGAUCUUUCCUACAAUAACCUGUCAGUCGGCACAAGAGGAAGUGACUCUGCCUUUUCUUUGCUCCCCCAGUUUAAUUCUUUGAUGUUGGCCUCUUGCAAGCUGCAAAAGUUUCCCUUUUUGAAGAACCAAUCAAGAUUGAAUAUGCUAGAUCUUUCAAAUAACCAAAUAACUGGUGACAUUCCAAACUGGAUAUGGGAAAUUCAUGAUGGCUAUCUCCCGUAUUUGAAUCUUUCUCAUAACCAUUUCACGGUUCUUCAAGAGCCUUACCAUUUUCAAACUCAUUCCUAUCUGGACAUCCACUCCAAUCUGCUUACUGGAGCUAUGCCUUUACCACCACCAUCAGCUGUCUAUGUGGACUUCUCGAGCAAUAAAUUUACCUCUUCGCUCGCAGCUGAUAUUGGUAAUCUUCUCUCAUCUGCCAUUUAUUUCAACAUUGCAAACAACAGCAUUGUUGAUGACAUUCCUCUAUCACUAUGUAAUGCAACUCUUCUAGAAGUACUUGACCUGUCAGAUAAUAGUUUGAGUGGCUCAAUGCCUUCAUGUCUCAUGGCAAUGUCCAGAUCCCUCGUGGUACUGAAUUUGCAUGGAAACAAACUCAGUGGAAAUAUACCCAAUACAUUGCCAAGGGACUGCAAACUAGAGACAUUGGACCUGAGUUUUAAUCAAUUUGAAGGCGAAAUUCCACAAUCUUUGGUCAACUGCAGAAAGCUAAAGGUAUUAAACCUCGGCCAGAACAGGAUUGGCAGCACUUUUCCUUGCAGGUUGGACAAAUUGACCAAUAUGCGUGUCCUUGUUUUGCACUCAAACAGAUUCAGUGGGAAAAUUAGUUGCCCCAACUCCAACUACAGCUGGCCUCAUCUUCAAAUUAUUGACCUGGCGUCCAACAAUUUCAAUGGUGUAUUGCCACCAAAGUUUUUCUCAAGCUUAGGUGCAAUGAUGGCUGACGGUGAUAAAUCAAAUUUGCACCUUGACCUUCUGCAUUACCAAGGACGAGAUUUCAAAACAUACUAUCAGGAUACAGUAACAAUGGCUUUUAAAGGAACGCCAACAACGCUGACAAAAGUUCUUACCACCCUGACUUCCAUUGAUCUUUCAAGCAAUAAUUUCCAAGGGUCAAUGUCAGAAAAAGUUGGAGAUCUCAUAUCACUGCUUCUUCUCAAUCUGUCAAACAAUACCCUCACGGGCCAAAUCCCAUCAUCAGUUGGGAAUUUGAAGAAUCUUGAAUCAUUGGACCUCUCCUCCAAUCAACUGACUGGGGAAAUACCAGAGAAUAUGUCAAGCCUCACCUUCCUGUCAUUGUUAAAUUUGUCACAUAAUCAACUAGUUGGAAGGAUUCCAGGAGGAAGACAAAUGCAAACAUUCCUAGAAAGUUCUUUUGAAGGAAACAGUGGUUUGUGUGGAUUCCAGUUAAACCGAACUUGCAACGGUGACAGAGAUCCUGCAUUUCCAGAGUCUCAAUUGGAGGAGAAGCAGUUAUAUUCCAAGACAGAUAUCUGCGUUAGUGCGGCAGUUGGAUCUUUGGUAGGUCUAGCUUUCAUUUUCGGGCCACUUUGGCUAUCCAAGAGGUGGAGAAUCUGCUACAAUAAAAAUGUUGAUCAACUUAUCUUAAGAAUCUUCAAUAAGAAAGGAAAACAAAUGCGGAAGAAUUUGAAGGAAGAUUGGUGA